CGGCCCGGCGCGCGGGAGGCGAUAAUGGGGCGGCCAUGGCCCGGGCCGGCAGCUCCAGCGGCGACGCGGCGGCGGGGCGGCGGGCGGGGGACGCGGGGCGGCCGGAGCCGUGGGAGCUGUCCCUGGAGGAGGUGCUGAAGGCGUACGAGCAGCCCAUCAACGAAGAGCAGGCGUGGGCCGUGUGCUUCCAGGGCUGCCGCGGGCUACGGGGCGCGCCGGGCGGCGGGCGGCGCAUCCGGGACACGGCGGACAUCCUCCUGCGCCGGGACGGCUCGGUCAGCGCGCGGCGGGAGCCGUGCGCCGCGGAUUCCACAACGAUGGUGUUGUCAGCAGCCAGCUCAGAAGCCCAGAUGGUGCAGUCGCUGGGCUUUGCCAUCUACCGCGCGCUAGACUGGGGCCUGGACGACAGCGAGGAGCGCGAGCUCAGCCCGCAGCUGGAGCGGCUCAUCGACCUCAUGGCCAACAACGACUGCGAGGACGGCGUCUGCGGGGCUGCCGACGAGGGCUACGGGGGCCCGGAGGAGGAGGAGGAGGCCGAGGGCGGGCCCCGCGCGGUGCGCACCUUCGCCCAGGCCAUGCGGCUGUGCGCGGCGCGCCUGACCGACCCCCGGGGCGCGCAGACCCACUACCAGGCCGUGUGCCGGGCGCUCUUCGUGGAGACGCUGGAGCUGCGGGCCUUCCUGGCCAGGGUCCGGGAGGCCAAGGAGAUGCUGCAGAAGCUUCGGGAGGGUGAGCUGCAGGAAGGCAAGCCCCUGGCAGAGCUUGACCACCUGGGACACACCGACUGGGCCCGACUCUGGGUGCAGCUCAUGAGGGAGCUCCGUCAUGGAGUGAAGCUCAAGAAAGUGCAGGAGCAGGAGUUCAACCCCUUGCCCACCGAGUUCCAGCUCACCCCCUUCGAGAUGCUGAUGCAGGACAUCCGCGCCAGGAACUACAAGCUCCGCAAGGUCAUGGUCGAUGGAGACAUACCUCCCAGGGUGAAGAAGGAUGCCCAUGAACUCAUCUUAGACUUCAUCCGCUCCCGGCCUCCACUGAAACAGGUCUCAGAGAGAAGGCUUCGCCCCUUACCCCAAAAGCAGAGGACCCUGCACGAGAAGAUCCUGGAGGAGAUCAAGCAGGAGCGAAGGCUGCGCCCAGUGGGGGGCGAGCGCUGGGGUGGCCGGGGGUUUGGCUCUCUGCCCUGCAUUCUCAAUGCCUGUUCGGGGGACACCAAAUCCACGUCUUGCAUCAACCUGUCUGUCACGGAUGCUGGGAGCAACACGCAGCGCCCACGGCCCCGGGUUCUGCUCAAGGCCCCCACCUUGGCUGAGAUGGAGGAGAUGAAUACAUCUGAGGAGGAAGAGUCUCCGUGUGGGGAGGGGACACUGAAGCGGGACCGCUCUUUCUCAGAGCAUGACCUGGUCCAGCUCCGGAGCGAAGUGUCCUCUAGUCUGCAGCCAGCCACUCAGCCCCAAGGAGGGCUGGAAUCUUCCCGGCCCCGCGCAGGCAGCAUGCACACUUGGAGGCCAAGCACCCAAGAGCAAGGUCUGUUCCCGAUGAGUGUCCAGGCCCAGCCUGACCCCAGCUCCCGACCACACAGGGACCAGGGCUCAGCAGAGGACAAGCCAGAGGCUUCCGCAGCCCCAGACACCCAUCACCUGUGGCUGGAGUUCAGCCAUCCCGUGGAGAGCCUUGCUCUGACUGUGGAGGAGGUGAUGGAUGUGCGCCGCGUGCUGGUGAAGGCCGAGAUGGAGAGGUUCCUGCACAACAAGGAGCUCGCCAGCAGUCUGAGGAAGGGGAAGAUUUGCUGCUGCUGCCGAACCAAGUUCCCGCUGUUCUCCUGGCCACCCACCUGUCUCUUUUGCAAGAGGGCUGUCUGUGCUUCCUGCAGCGUUAAGAUGAAGAUGCCUUCUAAGAAGUUUGCACACAUUCCCGUCUACACGCUGGGCUUUGAGAGUCCUCGGAGGGUGUCAACCACCUACACUACACCAACCCAGAGAACAGAGGCCUUCCAAUCCCUGCAGGGGCCCCAGUGGCAGAGUGUGGAGGAGGCAUUCCCGCACAUCUACACCCAUGGCUGUGUCCUCAAGGACGUCUGCAGCGACUGCACCAGCUUCGUGACGGACGUGGUUCGCUCCAGCCGCAGGAGUGUGGAUGCGCUCAACGCCACGCCUCGCCGUACCCGCCAAACCCAGUCUCUCUACAUCCCCAACACCUGGACUCUCAACUUCAAGUGAUGGCUCUCGACCUCCUGGGCCACUAGCCAGAGGCUCUUCAAGGCAGCCAGGCCUCUGGGGAGGAGCCAGGCUAGUCCUGCCCUGGCUGAGAAGCUCCCUGUCCUGGGGCACAGCUGCCCUCCCAAGUGUGCAUGUACAUAUAUACAUAUAUAGAUACAUUUAUAUAAUACACACACAGCCUAUAUAUUUCUAGACAUGUUUCCUGGCCCCAGAGUUUAUUUGGGGUCAGGCUCACUCCAGGACCCUCCCUGGGGGAGGCUGUUUCCUUUGGGAGUUGUUGGGAGUUGCUGGGGUUCGGGGACAGGACAUGAGUGGGUUUUCUCACUCAGGAAAAAGGGCAGGUUGGAGAUACAGCAGUGGGCUCCAGGCGCCAGAGCUCUGAGAAGACCCUCAUCCCGGUGUUUGUUCUCUUCUCCAUCCCAAGGAUGAGAACACAGCAGUUUACUCUCCCUGGGUGGAUGUCCAGGCUGGGACGACGGGAUGCUUUGGUCCCCAGGUAGACAGGGGCACUCUGAGUGGAACCUGGCCUGCGGAGGCAGCUGGAAAGAUCAGGAGUGGGCAGCCUGCUAGCAGCAUCCUAGCCUUCCAGUUGGAAGGUCCAAGGCCAGGCUCACUCCUUGACCCCUGGCCAGCACCCAGGCCCCAGCCAUCCUCCCAGACUCAGAGGUGCAGAGAUGGUGCUGGUUCCAGGGCCCCAGUGAUGCUGGUGAUCCUGGUACGGGGAGGAAGUCUGUAAAUGUGUACACAGAGCUGCUCUUGGCCUAAUAAAGGCGGUCUCACAGUCUUCCGUCUGGGGUGUGGACUGAGAACUCC